CAAGAAACCACUAAUAUAUUCUUGUUUCAAAAUACAGUGCAACCACCCCAAAUCCAUCCAAAUCUCCCCAACCAAAAGUAGAGGCCAAUUUCCCAAGAAAAAUCAACGUCAACAUUUUGAAUACUUGACAUUUCUUUUUCCAAUACCAAAUCUUGAACAAUCUUUUUCUUUCUCUUCCAUCAUACGCACUAUUUUUUGGUAAAUACACCCAACACAACUCAAGUCCCAAUUCUUGAUAUACUAUUUGGUAUUGCAUUGGAAGAUCAGAGAGAGAGGAACUGAUAUUGUUCUUGUGAAAAGCUACAAAUUCUUACUUGGUGGUGCACAUUUAGGAACCUGAAUUUGAAUUUUCAGCAGCUGCUUCAACGUAACAUCCACAAUCUUCUGCAGUUGUUGCCUUAUUUUGUUCUUGAAUUGGAUUCUGUUUUCCUCCGCACUUUGGGGUUUUGAAGAGCCUAGUUCAACAUUUGGGCUUGAUACUGCAUUCAAAUGAACAUGAGUGAAGAAUCCGAAGCUAAAGUAAGAUCAUCAAAAGGCUUUUUCAAUUUGGAACAUCAUCAGUAUAUGAACAACUCUGCUUCUGCUGCUACUUUCCCUAGAAAGAAUAUGAGUUUUGUUGAAGGAAAAAAGCUAGCAGAAUAUAGAAGAUCCUUGUCUUGUCAAGCAGGGAAUGGGAAAAAAGUGUUGUCAAUUAGUUAUUUCAGUUUGGAAUCAUUUCUUCUGCUCCUUUGCCUCACAGCAUCAUUGCUACUUUUGCCAUUGAUCCUUCCACCAUUGCCACCUCCACCAUUUAUGCUGCUCUUACUUCCCAUUUUAAUUCUGCUUCUUCUAAUGUUCUUGGCUUUUAUGCCUUCUUCCAAUCUUAGAAAUGUUUCUUAUACGUAUGUCUCAUCACCAUAGAUUUUUGGGUUACACAAAUUAAUUAAUGAGUUCCUUUCAUUUCUUAUUUCUUUACCUAACCAGCAAUAUAAUGUAGCCUUGCUUAUUUACAUCUUAGUUUGUAGGUUUUUUUUAAAACUGUUAGUACCAAAUACUUUCUGCUUUCAGGCAAUGUAAUAUGUAUUGUAGUAUAUAUUGAAGUAUUGAAUUUAAUAUAUGUAUCCUCUUCCAUUUUGA